AUGAAGCUGUCUACCUCUGUCAUCCUCCCUCUUCUUCCUGCCCUCUCAACGGCGGCAGUGAUCCGUCGUCAAAACGGUGAUGGACCACAAGGAAGCACAGACUCAACUCAGGGCGACCUCGGCGCGCGACCUCCUCCGCGAUUCCCAUUCCCGGUUACCAAGUUUCCGGUGCCAACUGAGACUGUUGUUCUCAACGAGACCAUGUACAUCGGUCCUGGUCAGGUCUUCGAUGGCCAGAUGAAGCGAUACGAGCGCGAAGAAGGAUCAUGCAACGAGCAGGCGGAAGGAACUGACGCUGAUGCUGUCUUCAACCUCUUGCCCGGAGCCACAAUCAGGAACGUAGUCAUUGGCAAGCACCAGAGCGAGGGUAUCCACGCGCUGGGCGAUGCUUGGGUCGAGAACGUCUGGUGGGAGGACGUUUGCGAAGAUGCCCUUACUUCCAAGGGUCUCAACACUCAGCUCCGCGUCAUCGGAGGCGGUGCGCGAAGCGCAACCGACAAGAUCUUCCAGGACAACUCGCUAGGUGGAAAGGUCAACAUCACCGGUUUCUUCGCCGAGACCUUCGGUACCUUCUACCAAUCGUGUGGCAACUGCUUGAACCAAGCGAAGCGCAAUGUUACCAUCCAGAACGUUAUUGCCAUCAACGGUACCCGCAUGGGCAUAAUUUCACCCAACUACGGCGAUGAGUACCGCAUCAAGGACGCACAGGUCGCUGACGUCGAGCGCUGGGUCGACAAGGAGAUUGGAAACAACGUUCAAACUGUCCCAUACACUGUCGGUACAGGCCCUGAUGAGAAGUACGCGCUGUACAACCUCACUCGCGACCACCUUACCGACUACGAGGGCGAGAUCUUGAACCAAUACACUCCUGAGGACCCAUAUGAGUGGCUGGAUGAGUUCUGGCCAGAGGGUACUGGUGCCGCGAGGAACAUACCGUCGCGCGAGCCAAUCGCCAUCACGGAACCAACCAACGAACCUGACGUCAUCCCCGCUCAGGAAUAUCCUCCUCAAACCCCUCUAGCAGAUUUGGACGAACAGUCAGUUGAAGCGCAAUCAAACCAGGUCUUGGAAGAAUCUUCCGACUUUCGGUCCACAGUCGAUCUCACAGAUCACAGCCUCGUUUCAUCUCCUGCCACGCUUCCAAACGAAACAGGCAUCGACACAGCACCGCUUCUACAACACUCCAUCAGUUCUGAAAGCACACCUGUCACGGUCCUAGCGUACAUCAAGCCAUCGCGGGACAACCCUCACGUUUCGCAACACCUGUUGAAGAUCAACGUACAUACGAUGGAUCCACUACAUGUGGCUACUGCGGCAUUAUCUUUCACCGAGUUUGCGACCGAAAUAAUCACGUCCGUCGAAAGCAUGAAAGAAGUCAUCGCUGUACGUACUCGGGUUGUUCCAAAGCCUUCGGUCUCCGCGCAGAUCUGGAAAGACAUCGCCAAAGUCAUCAGUCACUCGGAAACCGACGUAGCUUUCGGUGCCCCGAACCUGGUUGCGGAAAGUCGUACCCAAGAAAAGACAACAUGCGAAAGCACUAUAGGAUCAAGCACAGACGACCUUUCCAUGCCUACCUUGUGGUUUCCAGAGCUUCGCCAUUCUCAUUGUGGAAAACGGCAGCUCCUCGAAUCCUACUUUAAACGGCAGUCUUCCCGGACGACAUCAUCACACACUAUCUGGAUAGAUGCCUCGUGCAUUGAUCGGGAUAGUAUGAAAGGGGUGUAUUAUCUGUUAGUAGAAAACGGCCAGAUCCAUCCGAACACUUCCAUAGUCGUCCGGUCGCUUGAGGGCGGAGUAUCGUGGCGACGCAAUGCUGUUGUACUGGAUUCCAUGGACCGCUUUAAGUUAGCAUACCAGCGCCAGCUUGCACAUGCUCCCGUCGAUCAACCUCUGAAAUCGGAUUUGAUUAACUCAAUUCUUUCAUGGUUGAAUAUCGACACCUACAAAGAAUGGAUGUGGUAUAGGGAGCAUGUAAAAUUCAAGUCCCGCACCCCUGCAUCCUCUUUCGCCUAUAUGGCUCCCAACUCUUGGAGGCAGGAGGAUGAAGUGCCACCUAACUUCCGUACUCCCCCUACCAACACCUUACCCAACACUGUAUUUUCGGACUUCGUUUCAGGGCAUGAGGACGAAGUGACACCCACUUUCCGUACUCCACCUGCCAACACUUCGCCCUACACUGUGUUUUGGGACUUCGAUUUAUAUGGGUAUGAGGAGCCCGUAAUUCCCACUUUUCGAUCUCGUCCGCUUUUCUAUGGACUCCAUCCUGUUCGACUUGGCAUUGGUUAG